UCGGAGUUUGAAAGCGGCUGUUGUUUUAAGCAAGGGACACGGGGGACUCCACUAGAAUUCCUGGAGUUCUCAAUCAGGUCGCCACGCAGACAAUAUACCGAGACUUCAUGCUUCGUCUUGGGAGUUGGUCGGUGGUGUGUGAUUUGAUUUCGCCAUGUCUGGUCGCGGUAAGGGUGGUAAAGGCUUGGGGAAGGGAGGUGCCAAGCGCCAUCGUAAAGUGCUUCGGGAUAACAUCCAAGGCAUUACCAAGCCAGCUAUUCGUCGCUUGGCUCGACGCGGGGGGGUGAAGCGUAUUUCGGGCUUGAUUUACGAAGAGACCCGGGGAGUGCUGAAGGUGUUCUUGGAGAACGUGAUCCGCGAUGCUGUCACUUACACUGAACAUGCCAAGCGAAAGACGGUAACGGCUAUGGAUGUGGUUUAUGCCCUAAAACGCCAGGGUCGUACUCUCUAUGGUUUUGGCGGCUAAACGGGUCACUAAAGUUAGCAGGAUAACACAAAGGCUCUUUUAAGAGCCACCCAAACUUUCACAAUAAGAGUUGAAUUAUUUUCAUAAUACAGGAGACAUCUCUUAAAAUUAACUUGAGUGACCUUCAGGUUUUUUUAGGUCUUAAGGCUCUUAUACCCACUAUUCCUGUUUUAAAUGCGAAGAUCUCUACAGUACAGAUAAACUAGGAAUUUAAAAUAUCCAGUGCAAAAAUGCUUGUACAUUCAAAUAUUUUAAAAAAUCUUACAACUUGGUGUCAAUAUGUAACAGAUUGCAAAGGACAAUAUUAGCGAAAUUUGGGUUUUUAAGCCCAAUAACCCGCUACAUUUUGUUACUUUUUUGCAACUUGUUUUUAAAAAAUCAAUUGAAAAGUACAUAUAACUCUUAUGAAAAGCAAAGUAGGUCUGAAAAGAGCUUUUAGUUACGGAUACAAAUAAUUUUCUAAGAAAUUUAAUUUGAUUUAAUUUAAUUAGAACUUCUAAUAGUUAGUGAUAGAUUUAGUGACAAAAAAAACGUAGGAAGACCAAGAAGGAAAGUUAUUCAAUCUAUGUUUACAAAGUGCUGAAGCAAGUUUACCCUGACACUCCUUCCUUAAGAGGUUUUUAAAGCCCGUCAUGACAAAGCCCUGGCUGGGAUGAUUUAGUUGGGGAUUAGGUCCUGUUUUGAGCAGGGGUUGGACUAGAUGACCUCCUGAGGUCCCUUCCAACCCUGAUAUUCUAUGACAUUGGUAUCUUUUCCAAGGCCAU